AUGGCAACCAGCACAGUCUCCCCAGCUUUCCAACAACUCUUGUGUGAAAUGAUCACUGCCUGUGCCAAGAACGAUCCAAAUGCGUUUCUCUCAAGUUAUCAAACGCUUCAACAACAAUAUCAUUCGAUAGGUCCACAACAACAGAAACCAUCACAAGAAUCCAUUUCGGAGAAUCCCUGUCCUUCAUCGGUAACAUCUUCGGAAUCAAAAAUUCAAAUUAUCGAACACUCCACUUGUGCUUUAUCAUCCUCUUCGUCCGAUGAAAGAAGUGUCGAUCAUGAUUCGAAACCAAAGAAAAUUUCAAAGAGAUAUACGAAAUUGAGAAAACAAUUGAAGGCCUGUGAAAAUUUCAAAGAUAAUUACUUUGUGUUUAGUACGACAACGACGUCGAAACCUGCAAAUUCUGCACAAGGAAAGAAGAAGAGAAAUUCUGCAAAGAAGAGAAGCAAGGAUUGUGAAGAAUUGUCGACAUCUGGCAGCGACCAAGAAUCUCCUCGAUUGACAAGUGACAGCAAGAAGCGAAAAGUCACUCAGCAUUCCCAAGAUCAUUCGACAUCGUCCGUGGUUAUGGACUCUUCUUUUGAACAACAAUAUCAACAACUAAUGAAUACUUGGAACGCACUCCAACAAUUUGUAGAUACUUCCUCCUUGAACACCUCCGAACCAUCUCACGUCACACCAAAUCAACAAUGUGAAAUUUUAGAGGAACAAACAGUUCCUGAUUUCUUUUCAAGUGAAAACCCCUUGGAAAAUUCCUUAGAAUUAGACAGUAUUUUCAAUCACCCAACGACGGAUUUUAAUUUUUCGACGUCGUCCUUAAUGGAUCUUCCAGAAUCACCCAACAACUUUUCCAAUCUCUUCUCAGAAUUACUUACAAUAGCCAAUGAUAAAUUUACAUAA